UUAACACUACGUAUAUAUUUUUGUUUCCAAUGCAUGUAGUCCACACGUUCUGUCUUAGUGAUCUGGCAAAAAAAUAGCAGACAGUGUGAAGAGCCCUAUUUGAGUGUAGAAAGUCUGAUUAACUUGCUGACUAGGAUAAAUUACAUCGCAAAAUAGCGCGGUUCGUAGAAAAAGUGGAGGGAAACCUGAAAAUAGCUUUUGGAAUUCACCGAUUAUCACAACCGUUCUACUCAAUCCUCUGGCAAAUUUUCCCAAUUUUUUUCCUGAAGGCGGUGAGAUUGUAAAGAGAGGUACGAUAAUUUUUUCUCUCUUUAUACUUUUACGAAAUAUUGAAUCUGUGUUAAAUUUGUAUUUCUUUUGCAAAGUUCAUAGAUUUUCUCGUGUUGGUUAGUUGAAACCAAAUUUUUGUUUCCGUAAUAGCUCAUUUGUGAAUGACGACGAUUCACUCGUUGUAUUAGCCAUAUGAACUUGUGGUGUUGGUUUCACGUUUUGUAAUUACACUAUCUGAACCCUUUUGUUGCUUUCAACUAUGUAUUUUCUUUGAACUAAUUAAUUGAGUAAAUAAUUGCUGGUGUUGUUGGGAUAAACCUUAUUUUACCUCAAGCACUUUGUCUUAUUGAUUCUACUUACGAGUCUAUUCUUUUUUGGUUUAGGUGUAUUUAAUUUGUGAUGCUCUUUGGAUAAUACUACAUAUUAGUUUUACCCAAGUGAAUUUGACUUAACUUAAAAACCUUUUUCAAGGAAUUAGAGUAGCAAUGAACCGUUCUUUGAGUUUUUGGAGCGAUUGUAUAGCAUAUAGGUGAUGGUAUAUCCCUUGUUGGGAUAGCCCCAUUUUUGCCUUACUUAUACAUAAACUCUUUGGAUGAUUAAUAUAUUUACCCUUUAUCCAAAAAAAUAGAGUAGCAAUGAACCGCAGAAAGUGAAUUUGGCAUGUAAUUAUUUCUAACACACUAAUAUUUGAAACAUUGAACUUUGCUAAUUGUACUUGGAGUGACAGAGUUGCAAGUACACUAUGAUAAGAGCAUUGAUAUCAUUUUGAUAGGUACUUCACUUCUGGGCAUAUUCGUUUCUAUUUUAUUUGUUUUCAAUGCAAACCAGAAGCUUCAUUGUGAGUCGUGAGGAAGAAAGGAGGGAUCGAAAGAGGAAGGAAAUGGAAGAGGAAAAAUGUGGGGAGAUGAACUAAGGGAGAAAAUCUUCUCAAAAUUUAUUUAAGGUAACAAUAUGGAUGUUGGUUCCCUCUUCGCUUUGAAAAACGCGAAAGGAAAGAAGAAGGCCCUGGCGGGCGCUUCUGCCAGGGAGGGGCCCUCCCAAACUGCUGGCGCUGCUGCUGGCCCCGGAGGGUCCAAGGGUGCUGGGCCCAGCAAAAAGAAGGUUGCUGGAAAGGGGACCGAGCCCCCGGCCAAGAAGCCGAAGACCGCCGCCCCUACCAAACAACCGAUCACCGAUGUGGUGGUGAUCGUGGACGAAGGGCACGCUUCUGCCUCCACCCCCCAGGAACAAAUCAAUCAGGAGUUCUUUGGGCGGGAGAGGUUGGAGGCGAUAGUGCCGAAGGGGGCCUCCGUGUUGGAGGGCAGUUUGAACCCUUCGGCUCUGAUGAGCCAGAUGUUGCCGUCGGCCGACCGACUGGCCCUUGCCCGGCUGGACGAGGGACCCCUCGAGGCGAAGGUCCUCCUGAAUGCCGCCUCCGCUUUUAUGGGCCUCUGCGAGCACCUUCGAAAGGUGGAUCAAAUGAGGGAGGCCAAGGGUGCCGCCGAGGGGGAGGUCGCCCUUCUCAGGAAGAAGCUUGCUGAAGCAGAGGACUCUCUACGGCUGGCCACCGACGGCAUGGAGCAGAGGAUGCAGGCUGCAAGGGCCGAAGGGAUCAAUGAGGGGCUAGCCAGGGCCGGGGAGGCCGCCGCCGAGGCCGCCCGUAUUGCUGCCGAUGAAGCCCGCGCGGCUCAAGAAGAGGCCGUCUCCAAGGCCCGAGAGGAUGCGGUGGCCAGCUUCAUGGCCGAAGGGUGGAAGACCGAAGACCGGAGGGAGUGGCUCGCUUCGGUGGUGGGGGCUUCAGUAGACGAGUGGGUCGGGGGCCCCGGGAAGAUGUGGCUUGCCGAGAGGGGCGACUCGUACUACCAAGGCGGGGAGUUCUUCACCCAACGCCUCAUCUACCGGAAGCUUGCGAAGCACUUCCAGGUGGCACCGGAGGAGUUCCGUCCAGAGGCUUAUGGCCUCCCCCCCCCCCCCCCCCCCCCCGCCAGCCAGAUGUCAGGAUCCCACUCCCCGAGGGGGAAGAGAGGCCAGUUCUUGAAGACUCAGAGACCCUCCGGGAGUGCGGCCUUGGGGGUGAAGAAGAUGAAGCCGAGAGCGAGGCGAUGUCCACAGUACCCCCUUCUUGAAUUGUAAUCCCCCCUUUUGUGUUGUAAUUGUUGGCCUCGGCCUCCUUUGUAACAGUGUACUUAAACUCCCUUUUUUGAAUGAAUGAGUACAUAUAUGCCCUCGGGCCUUUGAC